CCCAAUUUAGAGGCCCACCAUCACCACAGAUCAAGAGUUCAGAUACAUUUCUCUUUCAUUAGCGACGAAAGGGAAGGUAGAAGAGAUAAAAAUGGCUUCCACUUUUGUUUCUGGUUUAUGUUCCUUUCUUUGUUUUAUGCUUUUAGUUUGUGCCAUCAAAGGGGUGCCUUCCUGUAACAAGGUGAUGGAAAACAUUGGGCCUUGUGUUAAUUACCUGGUUAUUAAGAAUGGCACUGGAACCCCUUCAACUGAUUGCUGUACUGGAGUGAAGAAUUUGAAGGGGAUGGCUAACACUACUGAGAAUAGGCGAGCCAUUUGCAAUUGCUUGGAGAAUGAGGCUGCAAAAAUUCCGCAGAUCGACCCUCAGGCUGUCAAAAUGCUGCCCGAAAAAUGCAGAGUCACUCUGGGCUUUCCAAUUAGUCUCAACACCACUUGUUCCUCGAUCCAGUGAGGUGGUCGUGAUUUCAUUGUACGCUUGGUCGCCAUAAUCUAAUCUAAAUAAAUGUUGGAAUGAUCUCCUAAGUUGUAAUAAAUAUAUGUCCCUCGAAAGUGGUCAUAUAAUAAUAACAGCGACAUAGCUUUAUUGCUUUAUCUGCAGUCACACUUGUAUAACUAUUUGACAUUUGAAACUUAAUAUGAUGUCAUUUUGGAAUAAGGCUCUGAUGAUAAUGAAGAAAUACGAGAACAUGAUCAACUCAUAUUC